ACGUCAAAACUAGAAACUAGUUAAAUACUAAAUAUUUGUGUUAGCAUUUUGACUGCUAUUUAUAAUAUACUUCUCAUUCUAUUCACUAUUCCAUUUAUGCGGAAAACUUACUUACAAUUUAUACUAUUAACAUGGAACAGUUGAAAGAACCAAGUUUUCAAUUAUUCGGUGAUCCAGAAUUUGUUGCCGAAAAGUAUGUACGAGACACAUCGCAAAAUUAUGUAGGUGGUUCCGAAUUGCAGAAUAUUAAAAAGAAAAUUCAAGCUUUAGCAGAUGAAACCAGUAGCAGUUUGAAGAGAAACGUGUAUCAGAAUUAUGUACAGUUUAUUGAAACUGCUAAAGAAAUUUCUCACUUAGAAAGUGAAAUGUACCAAUUAUCGCAUUUGCUUUCCGAGCAAAAAUCUUUAUUAAAUGCCUUAUCUGCUACAUCAAUUUUAGAAGAUGGUACUCACGUUAAUGUUGAAACUAAUAAUAAAUUAAGUGAGCAAGAAGUUGAGGAGGAAAACAAGCAAAAACUAUCAAUGAUCCUUGAAAAAGUAGAAAACUGUAAGGAUUUACUGGAAGUGCCUGGUAGAACUUUACUUUUUGAAGGUGACUUACUGGAAAUUGAUCCUACUGAAAGUACGGCUUUGAAAUUUGUGCAUGUUUAUUUAUUUAAUGAUGGGUUAAUGAUAACAAUUAGAAAUUCAAACAGUCGAGGCAUAAUGAGGUAUGCAUUUGAAAGUAUGUACGAAUUGGGUAGUUUAGCUGUUGUAAAUGUUCGUGAUUUGGGCAAUAUCAAACAUGCUUUUAAAUUAUUAAUUUUUCCUGAUACUAGAGUUUUUCAGUGUUCAUCAAAUACAAGCAAGAAAGAAUGGUUAGAUAAAAUAGAUCAGGCCAAAAAAACAAAGUUAGCUGCUGAACAACAAAAAAGGGAAUCGACUUUGUCAGAAAAAUUGUCACCCUCUAGGUCAACGUCGGUUGAUUUAAGUAUCAAUAAUAAACCAGAAGAAGUUACUAUAAUACAUCCUGAAUGGUUUUUGGAUGUAGCUGAUGAACUUGAUGUCUGCAUUGCCCAAAGACAUUUUGAAGAUGCAGCCAAUUACUUACAAAAAGCCCAAAAUUACAUAACAAAAAUUACAGUACAAAAUGGUGAACUCGAUCAUGUUAUCAUAGAUGUUAAGAAAAAAGUUGAACAAAAGCAAGACAGUUUAAUAGAGACCCUGAUGAAGGAACUAGAAGUUAACCCUGAUAAAUCACUACAAGGUGGAUUAAGGGCUACAAGAAGAGCUGUGAGAUUGCUUAAUCAGUUGGGAAGAUCUACUCAAUCAUGUGACUUGUUCUUAAAAUUAUGUAGUAGUAUGUUGAAAACUCAAUGUAAAAGAGUAAAAAGAGAAGGCUCGACGACAAUGUAUGUCAGGCAUUUGGCUAGUGUCGUUUUUACUAAUAUGUGUCAUAUGUCAGAGGAAUUUUUGAGAGCUUUUCCUGAUUCAGUUGACUGUGCCUCAGCUUAUGUAGUCUGGGCGAGUGGAGAACUUAAUCUAUUCACUACACAUUUUAUCAAACAAGUUUUUAUGCCACAAACUAGUCUUUCUACAAUCACUGAAUGCGUGCUGUUAGUAAGAUCUCAGUGUGAAAGGUUAUGUUCAUACGGUGUUGAUUUUCGUUAUCAGUUAGAUGGGGCAUUAAGAUCUUCAUUUGUAAAAGCAUUGAGAGAUACAAGGGAGAAACUUGUAGAUUCAAUGAAGUUGAGAGCCUCUGAAGACAAAUGGAUUCCAAUGAAUUUAGUAUCAAAAGCCAGUUUGGCCAAAUAUCUACAAGAAUACAGCAAUAUGGGACUUAAAUUAGACUUCUAUGUUACUGGAGACGUGUGGCUUCAAUUAACAUCAUGUAAUGUAGCUUUCACAAAAAUUUAUUUGACAUUAGUUGACGAUUGCCUAAAACUGAAAACCACUGAAUUACUACACGUGAUAGAAGAAACGCUCUAUAUUGUUUUUGAGUCCCAAAUGAGGCACAACGUUGUUUCUUACAAUAAUGAGCAACAAAUAGAGCAAAAAAGGUUUAUUUUGAAGAACAUUGAAUUUUUAUUAGUUGCUGUUCUUGAACUGGUGCAGAAAAAAAUCAAGGGCGAAACAGGAUACGAAUCAGAACAUUUAAACAAACUCUGGAACGAGUAUUCUGGUUUAUUAAAGCAAUCCUCUCGCAACACCAAGACAAAAUAUUCAUCAGAUUUUUUAUAAUAAAUAUAUACCUAUUAACUAAUUUAUAAUUUAUUAAUUGUAUAGUAUAAUCAAGAACUAAAAGUAUGAGCUGUAUGUAGAUAAGAACAAAUAUGUUAUUUAACUACAAAUAUCUUGUGGUUUUAUAUCAGCAGCAGAUAUAAAAUAACUACUCACAUCUGCAUAAAUAUAUUAGGAAUAUAACAAACACAAUGGUCAAUAUUUUUAGAAAUGGAAACCACUCCAUUUUGGUGAAUAA